CGUUAACUGUAUCGUAUGCCAACCAUACGAGUCACCACAACUCGAGGGGGAAACGACUACAGCGCGAAUACGUUGCCAGUACCUUUUGAUAUUUCCUACCAAGUGUAUAUAGAAAGGAAAUAAGCCACAGAUCAGCUGUAUCAUCAGUUGUAUUUGAAAAUAAGUGAUCUGUCUAACAUUUGAACCGGAAAUACCAAUACAGGAUUCGCUUGCAUAGAAUUCCCCUCACCUCGACUGAAUGCAAAAUAUUUUUUUUUUUUAAAUGAAUCCAAAUUACUUUUCAUUUAUAAUCUGAAAUUCAGUCACGACGAAUAGUUUACACCGGCAGUGACUUUUAAAAUACAAAAGAUGAAUCCUUCUACAACGAUUAGAAUAUUCAGAUUGGCGGAAUUGAUGACAAUAAUCGUUUGCUUAGUACUACAUUUCAAAACACCUGAAGAAACUGAUCCGCUUACUAUCGUCUUGGCUUCCGGCACAUUCUUUGGAUACUUUAUCAUUUUAGUGGGAUGGUUUGCAAUGAAAAAUACUGGCAAUCCUAUCAACCGGACUGUCGAUGUCGGCAUCAGUUCGCUCGGCUGUAUUCUUUUCAUCGCAACUGGUGCGCUCAUUUUCGUAGAAUGGAGUCGAAAUGAUAUCGUUCGAGUCAAAAAAUUUCUCCCGGUUACCGAUGAUCAUACCAGAAAGUAUAAUUUUCUGCAAAAGAUCAUUACUUAUCUGACACACGCGACCGCUGAUUCGGUGGCAUUGAAACUUGAUAAAAUGGGACACAAACACUUCCUUUACGGUCCAGAAACGUACAUCAUGGCUGUAGUGAAGGCUUCACUUUCUAUUUGCAGUGGUUUCCUAUUCAUCUCUGAUAUUAUCACAACUCAUUUACAAAGUAUUGUUAAAGCAACGAAAGUACCGACAUAAUCGGACCGCAAAAGUUUUAGCAAUUGUA